UCUGAACAUGUCUAAGAACAUGGUCCAGUCCGUUUCGGGUGACCUACCAAGGUUCUGGCACCGUACAUUGCGAUUCCUCAACUUGAGCUACAACCGUCUGACAGAGAUUCCCACUGCCAUCUGUCAGUUGAGCAGUCUAACGGGCUUGGAUCUCUCCCAUAAUGCACUCCAUUGCUUUCCAUUACCAGGAACAUGGAGCAUAUGCAAGCUUCAGCAUCUUUACUUGGCUCACAAUCAACUCAUGCAUAAAGAGGCACAACCACAGACCAAGCAAGACAAGUGAGUUUGUACUCAAUAAUGAAAAUAGACCAAUUUAAUGGUUCAAAAGGGAGUAAGAUGUAGUAUUGAUAAUUUGAUGCCAAUACAGACUCAGACCACCUUACAUGUAAGUUUGAAAAAUAUAUACAAAACAAUAAAUAGCUUUAGGAUAAGCAUGAAUUAAAAUAACCAAGGCAACCCAACUACAUUUUGUCAAUCAUCAACUUAAAUACCACUUUGUUUUAAAGAUUAAAUAUACAUGUGUAUUUGAAAAUCAAAGUAACAUGGUGAUGAAAUGUCUUUUUACGAUGAAUAAUAUACAUUUAAAUACAUGUAGAUGAGGAGAUUGUAAUUCAGAGAGAGGCAUUCUGUAAAUUAGUGAUUUUCACACAUUUCUGCGAUGACACAACAUUACUUGUUUUUGUGCGAAAUCAAUAAAGCAUCCAUGUAAUUGUGCACUUCUUUAAGUUUCCAACAGUUUCGUAAGGAUUAUGAGAAUGAGAAUAUGCAUUAAAUUUCUCCUGAAUUAUAUCUCAAUAGUCCUAAAAGAUCUUCUAUUAAGAGACCUUCCGUGAAGAUAUCUUCUGUGAUGUACAAGAAGAAAGACACUCCUCCCAAAUCACCAACCAGUCCUCAACCAAAGAAGGAAGGUGCUGUGAAAUUCUACGCCGAUGGUGGCAGCAGUCGUCCGGAAGAAUUGGAGAAGAUUGAAUUCCCAGAAUGCUUUGCGCACAGUCUCUCUGUCCUGAAGCUCUCCCACAAUGCUCUAGAGGAUGUGCCUCCGAGCGUCUGUAAGCUGGAGGCAUUGUAUGAUCUAGAUAUCAGCUGUAAUCCUGAUCUUCACAAGCUGCCAGAAGCUCUGAGUACUCUCAAGCAUUUUUUCCAUCUGAAGAUCGAGGGCUUAGAUAUUCAGAUUCCGUCAGAGGUCAGUCAGCUGACUCCAGAGGAACGAUGCAAGACUGGUCAGAUUCUCAAGAUACUUCAUGAGAAGCUUCUAGAUAGUCAGCCCUAUCACAGCAUGAAGCUUAUGAUAAUGGGUCCAGCGAAGAGUGGUAAGACAACAUUACUAGGAAGCCUAGUGAAUGAUACAGGAGGGCGUGUCUCAGAUAUGGCUCUGCACGUCACGGAAUGGGAACUACAUGAUCCUGUCAUAGAAGGAAAAAGAAGAAGUCUCACUCAGAAGGUGAAAGAAAAGUUCUCAAAGGAGAAGGAAACAGUGGAAGGGCCAGCAAUCACAUUCUUUUCCUGGGAUAUGAAAGGUGGUGAUCUGUAUGAGAAUGUUCAUCAGUGCUUUGUGACGGCUAAGACUCUCUAUCUAUUAGUAUGGGAUAUGAGUGAAGGCAUGGAUGGAGCUCAUAAACUCUCCUCUCUUCUCCUCAAUAUCAGUUCGAGAUCUUCAGACUUCGGUAUCGUCAUCGUUGGUACCCAUCGUGAUGUGGUUCAGAAUUCUCCUGUUGAUAUGGUUGACCUACGGAGUCAGCUUGAUGAGAUGCUGAAUGUUGGACCAGGAUUCCCAUCGGUUGCAGGGAUAGUUGAGGUAGAUGCUAGAGGUUUUAAGAACAUUGGUAUGGCUGAGCUGAGACGGGUCAUCUAUGAGACUGCUAUGAAGAUGGAGUUCCGUCAUACGAGACCUGCAUAUGUGGAGAAGCUUAUUGGGAGAAAGGUUCCCCAGCCAUACUUCAAUCUUAAGAAGCGUAUAUCGCAGGAGGUUGAAGUGCGUCAGAAAGCCGAUCCUCCUAUUCUACCAAUCAUGACCAAAACUGAGCUAGCUGAUGAUAUAGUAAAGCUCAUACCUGAUAGUGGACUGCGUACACCCAUUGAAUUACAGGAAGCAAUCCUUUUCCUGCAUGAGAUCGGGAGCAUUGUUCACUUCACUGACCACCUGAACGGUUUGAAUGACCUCUACUUCAUUGAUCCAGUAUGGCUAGCUUGUACGUUACAGAGGGUGACUGCGCUACCCAUAGGGAGUCUUAAAGGAGGCAAGGUCCAUGUAGAGACCCUUAGAGAGCUGAGUAAGAAGAGUUUCAUUGAAGAGGAUAAGUUUGAGCAGUAUCUUCAACUCUUAGCUCGCUUUGAGAUUGUGGUUCCAAUCUCACAUCACUGGUAUUUGGUACCUGCCCGCCUUCCUCGUGACAACCCUGGUGUGAUGCUGUCACCGCACAACACAGGCGAUGCACCAUUCCACUAUCUGAGAAGGGUUUACAAGAUGCCCUAUCUCCCUCCAGGAUUCUGGAUCAGACUGGUGUCACGUCUUAUUGCUGAUCUUCAGAUGCGUGAUACGAAGAAGAUUAGUUCAGCAGGAAAUGAGAGAAAUCUCGGCUCUUCAAAGAGGAAGAGCAGCAUCUCGGAGGCCAUCAGCUUCCACCAGACAGAGUCUAUCUACUGGAGGGAAGGAAUCUUCUUCAGGCACAAUACUGGACAGAUCCUGGUGCGCUCAAUGGUCUUUCCUUCUACUGACAAGUCUCCAGGAGUGGACAUCCUCAUCAGCUGCCAAGAGGGCCACUUCUCUGCCAUGGGAUGCGUGGUGGACCAGAUAGAGGGUCUUAUCAAGGACUGGUAUCCAGGUUUGUGUACUUCAAUCCAUGAAAGCAUUCAGCCCAAGAUCCAGAGACUGGUCCCUUGCCCAAUCUGUGUGAUUCAUGGACCUGAUGAUUUUGAACCUGUGACAGAGGAUCUACCUCAUUGCUACACAGUGGAGGAACUGGCACAGAAAUGUGUCCGUGGUGAGACUCACAUUACUGCAUGUGCCAACUCUAAGGAGAAGCCCAUCCCAAUUUCCGUUCUUAUACCUGACAUGUUCAUGAAAGACCUCAGCAUCAGGCAUCUCAAGCAGGAAGAAUUCACGCUGCUCAUGGUGUCGGGAAAAUCUCUAGGACAUGGUGGCUUUGGCGAAGUAUUCAGGGCAAAGUUCCGUGGAGAGACUGUAGCAGCCAAGACCAUGCUUCCAUCCCGACUCUUAAAGAAUCGGAUGUUCUCUUCUGCUAGUGAAGGGUAUGCAUCAUGCGCAUCUACAUCUUCCUCUACGUCGAACAUGACGGGAGAAUCCACUUCAACGGAGAAUGACUCUUUAGAGGCAGCCAUGUUGAUGGAGAGUUUCCAUAAGCUGAGAAACGAGGUUGCAAUCAUGGCUAAACUCGAUCAUCCAUACAUCGUCAAUCUUGUCGGUGUGUCCAUCAGACACAUCUGCUUUGCAAUGGACUACGCACCUCUUGGUGAUCUCCGAAGCUACCUGUUUGCUGAGCACCAGUCUGCAAGGCCACACUUUGUGAAGAGGAACAUUGUACUAGAAUCUGUUCUAAGUAGAAUGCUGACAUACAAGAUCAGCCAACAGGUUGCAUCAGCCGUAGAGUUCCUGCACAGCAAAAACAUCAUCUAUUGCGAUCUGAAGACAGACAAUAUCUUACUCUUCUCAUCUGAUGUCAAUGAAGAUGUGAAUAUCAAGCUAAUAGACUAUGGUAUAUCUAAGAAAUAUGACUUGAUGGGUGCGAUGGGAAUGGCAGGUACACCAGGGUUCUGUGCACCAGAGAUCCUACAAGGCAAGACGUUUGAUGAGAAGGUGGAUUGGUUUUCUUACGGGAUGUUUCUUUAUCAUCUGAUGACCGGCUUGGUUCCAUACUAUGAUCAACACAGUCGCAUUGAGAUUGAGCUGGCCGUCAACGAGGGCCGCAAACCAACCUUCAACUUCCAUGAGUAUACGAUGCUCCCUAGACAAGUCUUCCCUGCCUUGGGUGCAUUGAUGGAAUCCUGCUGGCAGGAUAAACCUAAAGAGAGACCCCAUGGUAAUACCAUUCUCCAGCUCUUAUCAGAACCAAGCUUCUUGUGUCUCAGAAGAGUGGUGGAGGUAGAAGAAGAAGUGGUUUCUCUGGCAUUCAGUCAAGGGUCACAGGAUGAGGAUAAGGUUGUUCAUCUGAUAGUUGAAUCAGGCCGAGGCACAUCAGUGAGGUCAUUCCAAGUCGAUGAAGAUGGUUGUUAUAAAUCUAGUCUUCUGAAUGAACUCCAAUGCCCCAUGAUCAGAACUGCCAUAGCUACACCUUGUGGAACUAAAAUUGUAGUUGGGACAGGGGGUGACUGUGUUCAAUUGUAUCAUCUCCCGUCGUCACAUUCUUCUCAUGCAAGUCUUCUGGUAGAAGCUAGAGUGGCUGGUCAACCUACCUCACUCCACUAUAUCCAGAAGCCAAGUGGACAAGAACAUUCUUUGCUGUUUGUUGGUCAAGCCAAUGGGGUCUUGACCGUCCUAAGUCAUGAAACGGAAGAUAGUGGUCAUCACAUCACAGAUGAUCUAAAACUGGUUACCAGGAUGCAACUUAGUAAGCACAAUCUACCUUGUAGCAGCAUUGUGGCUGUAUCCAGGAAGAAGAAUGGUGACUCUAUGGCUGAGCAAAGAAGACGAUAUGAAGAAGUGGUCUAUAAUGGAGCCAAUGGCGUAUGGAACAGAUCAGCAAAGAGCAAUGGUACACGAGAAGAACGAAGAGAUGAAACUACUGCCAGGAAAAUGAGAGGAGGAAGGAACAGUCUUGAACCAAGAGAACGGACAGGAGGCAGUAGAGAUGAAGCAGAUGGAACAGAAGUCUGGGUUGGUUGUGGAAACAAGUUGAGAAUCAUCUUGUUGGAUGACAUCACUCUGGAGCCAGAUGGGAUUCAGGUGGCUGCUGGCAUGGAAGGAAUAAUUGAAGGCAUUGUGCAAAGUCAAGGUAGCGUGUGGUGUUUUACAUCAAGUGCACUCUAUGUCUAUCAGUACAGUACUGAGACCAGGUCGUGUCUGGCUAUCCUGGACUGCAGGGAGAGCAUCCUUGUCCCAGGAUCUUUCCUUCCUCUGUACCAGGAGAAGAGACAGGAACUCGUGAGGAGCUGGGAGGAGAAGAGAGAGAAGGAGCAAGAGCUUGCUAGUGCUACAGCUGUAUGUGAAACAAAUAGCAAUGAAGAGGAUAGGCACGUAUCAAGUCAAGAUGCUCUGCUUCAAGGAGAUCUGCCCAUAGUUGUUGAUCAAUCCAGAGCUGCUAACAAAGCAGCACUGCAACAUGGGGCCAACACUCGAAGGCUAGGUGGACAACGGCGCAGCGGUCAACGAGUGAUAAGCAUACACAACAUACUGGCAUCUCAGAGUCAGUCAUCCAUCAAAGUCAGCGCUCUCCUUGUGAUGGAUCAUGUCUUAUGGAUUGGUAGAUCCAAUGGUCAUAUUGUGCUCGUCAACAUUCGAGAUAAUGUAGGGUCUCAUGAGGAAAGGAUGGCUGCCCAAGUAGGUGAAGUAGUGACUGUACUGAAUGUUGAUGCUGUAGUCAAAGGUGACAAUAGGAGGGUUGUAGAGCUACAUCGUACAGGCUCUAACAGGGUAGUUUCUUGCCAUGACAACAAGAAGUCAGACAACAGUGUCAGUCAAAUCAAGAAGAUGUGUGUAUGGGAGGACUGGGGACAGGUCCAAGUUGAACAGUUUCAAACCAUCAAUAAUCAAUGUAGGACGAGAAUAAGGGAAUCCACAGAUCUAUGA